AUGGUCUCCAGCGAGGUUAUGACUCUCCAUGUGAAGAUGGCUUCAACCUUCAGUGACAAUCAAUGUGGCAGUGGCAAUCUUAAUUAUCGUGGACACUGGCAGCGUGGCAGUGGUCAAAACCAAGGUCGUGGCAGUCCUCACCGAGGCCAUCAGGGCUCCGGGCCCUCAGGCUAUUUGGUGUUUCAGAAUGAUUUGGGUGUUGACUCUUUGUCAAAUUCGCACACUUGGUUUCCAAACACUGGAGUCACAAAUCAUGUGACUCCAGACAUAGCUACCCUUUCUACCUCAGAGGAGUACACUAAUAAUGAGACUUUACGUAUCGGUGAUGGUAUGUGCAUGUCUAUUAGUCGUGUUGGUCAUGAUAUUUUUGAUACCCUUUCUAGGUCCUUUAAGAUGUCUAAUAUUCUGCAUGUCCCUGGCUUGUCUGCUUCUUUACUUUCUGUUCAGUGUUUUGCUUCUGAUAAUCAAGUAUUCUUUAAGUUUCACCCUUCUUUCUUUGUUGUGAAGGAUAUUGCCACCAAGGCGGUGCUAUUUCAGGGCAAUAGCUCUGGUGGGCUCUACUCCUUGCCAGUGUCUCAUCAUACUCCGUCUCUGUUCCUGUCAGCACAAGCCUCUGCUUCAGUCAGGCACAAUCAUCUUGGUCAUCCACAUCAGCGUGUUCUUAGCCGUGUCAUGCAGUCUUGUUCGGUUAGUGGGUCUAGUAAGUCUCUUAGUGAUACUUCGUUGUGUUCUGGAUGCUACCUGGAAAGAUAG